AUGGAAGAAGAAGACAUGAUCGAAGACGAAACCAGAGUCAACAACAACAAGCCUUUGUUGAUUAUCACAGAGGCCUUCGAGGAUCUCGCCGAUUUGCUAAAACCGAUCGGCGAUGAAGACGACGAAUCAAUCGAUGGAUUGAGACUCGAUGCGUUUUGCAGUGCGUGUACUCACGUCUCUGUUCUCUUCAAUUGUCUCGGAUUCGCCUUCAAAUUCGCAGAGAUGGAGUACCUCUCCAAGGUUAGGGAUUUGGAGGAGGCGUCGAAAACGUUCGAUACGUUAGAGAACAUUUUGGAUCUUGAUGUGGAGAAGGAAACGGUGAAAACGCAAGGAAGCAAUUCGAGGAAUCUCCGACGCGUUAGACUAGGUUUAGAUCUGAUACGAGCCAUCUUCGAACAGUUCUUGUUGACGGAUGAGUGUUACUCUUUGAAAGACGCUGCGACAAAAGCUUACACACAAGUGUGUGCGCCGUUUCAUUCAUGGGCUGUGAGGACCGCGGUUUACGCCGGAAUGUAUACGCUUCCGACCAGGGAACAACUUCUGUUACGGCUCAACGAAACAGAUCAAUCUGUGGAGAAGAACAUGAAGAGGUACAUGGAAGCGUCGAUGCCGAUCAUAGAAUAUAUUGAUAAGCUUUACAUUGAUAGGAACAUCAAACUGGAUUGGUAA